AUGCCCAUUCACCUAACGAGAACGUACAAAGAAGCAUCUACCAAAGGUGACUCGGUAAGAAAGAGGUGCUGCUCGGGAGAAAGGGAGGGAAGAGAGGAAAUGAGGGAGAUAAGAAAUCAACAUGUGUUAGAUUCCCGCCAUGUGCCGGACUCCAAGUUCUUCACGGAAAUUAUGAGCCGAGCGGGCCAAGAAACGUACCUAAAUGGAGAAAAACUACAAAAGAGCUCCAAGACAACAUGUGAGCAGACGUUUGAUCGGUGGCACAAACUGAAUUCAAAUCCUGUGAAUCAUACUGGGGAUUAUCAAAAAGUUUUAAAACCUACCACUUGUGAGAGAAGGGAGAGCAGAGGGCACUUGGGCAACACCUAUCAAAAUCAUUCCCUUCGACCUCGAAGUUCUUCAUCUUUGAAUAUAGAAAUACUUAAACAUGCCAUUGGCCUCUGCCAGCCAGGCCCUGGCCCCGGUUUCCGCGAUACAGGGAGUGCCCAUCAGCUCGCGGUCACACCUGUUAGGUGUUUCUCCGCUCCUGCCUCCGCCCGAGCAAACGCCUCUUGCACCACUGGGGACCUGGGUGCAGAGCGCGGGGGAAGGGGGCGGAGAAGCAGGGCCCGGCCUUCUCCUCCUGCGGACCCCGCGGGAUCUGCUCGGAGGGUGGAGCGGGGAGGGGGCACUGCGAGGCGGGAGAGGUUGAGACAGGCGGAGAGGGGCAUGGGGAGGGCCCGUGGAAGGGGUGUCACUGCUCGCUUCACGCUCCAAGAGGCUGCAGCAGAGGCGGCGGGGCUGAGCCGCGGAGGAGACGGGGUUUGUAGCAGCCUCCGCAUUUCUCCUUGCAGCCCCAGCGCCACCGCCCCUCGCCGGGCCGCGGCGCGCGUUAGGCCGCGCAAAGUGAGCGCGGGCGCCGGCCGGCUGCACCUCACCCGGGACCGGAGGGCAGGCGAUGCGGGCGGCGAGAGUCGGGCGUGCAGAAGCGGCGCCGCGCGGCGUCCGGGGGCCCCCGGCGGGCGGGGAGGCGAGGCUGCCGCCAGCAACCCGGGGCCGCUGUCCACUGCUGAAGCGCCGGCGGACGGCGCUGCGCUGCCCGCCUGGAUGCGCCUCUACUUCUACGGGAUGCACGGGAUCACCCUGGACGUGCUCGUGUCCGCGGUUCGGCGCUUCGCUAGCAGCCCGGACCUCCGGAUGCUGGGCUUCUCCUCGCCCUACCGCUGCCUGCUGCACUCGCUCACCCACUUCGCCCUGGAGAAGGUCUACCUGCAGCAGCGGCGCUGCCCCAGCGCCUUCCUCUUCAAUUUUCUCCUCUACCCCUCGGCCCACGUGGCGCUGCAGACCCUGGCGGGCCAGGCGCUGCUGCUCGGCCUGCGCAGCGGACCGCGGGGUGCGGCGGCGCCGGGGACACUGGACCUAGCGCUGCAGUAUGUGCUGGCUCUCUACCACUGCCAUGUGUUCCUGAAGCGCUUCCUGCGCUUGCGGUACCGGCGGCAGCCAGAGCAGCGGCAGCAGCCGCAGCAUCGGCCCGGCGCGCCCCCCGCCCCUCUGGGCGCCCGGGCCCCUGUGGUUGCAGGUGGCCGGAGGCGACUACCCCGAGACACUCGGGGCGUCGGAGGAGCCUCCGGUCAGGGGCUGCCGGACCUGCUCCGCUUUCUUUUCUUCGGAAUGCACGGCUUUUUGGAUGAGAUCUUCUUCACUUUCUUCUUUAACUUACUGGGGCAGGGAGACGGGGCCACCAGCGGCCACACGUCGCUCUGGUCCUUCUUUAUUUAUGGCAGCUGCAGUUUUGUGGUGGAAAAGCUCUACUUCCACCUGCACUGCAGUCGUGGUUGGAGCGCUUGGAAGCGGGUGCCCAUCUACGUGAUCUUCGUCUAUGUGUGGGAGUUGUCCUGGGGUCUGGGACUCCGCAUGUGCGGUGCUUGUUCCUGGGACUAUUCUCACUACCCGCUCAACUUCAUGGGCCUCAUCACCCUGAUGUAUUUACCUGGUUGGAUAUUUCUUAGUGUGUACCAGGACCUACUCUCCAACGUGUUGUGGCGGGUGCAGUACCUACCGACCAAAUGAGACAAAACAAAACAGAACAAAAGUCACCGGAUUCCCACGAAGCAAUUCGAUUUACUUUUACACGUUUAAAACGGAGUGGGUUUUUUUAGCCUUUUAAUUUUUAUACGUUUUACUAAAUUCUUACAAUAGGUUUUAUUGGACCCUUUAGCUUUUAUGACACUCUGGAACCUAUGCAUAAUAAUACGAUAUUUCAAAAUACUGCUCAAGACAUAAAGUGCUUGUCAAUAUUGAAAACCCCUUACAAGCCCAAGCAGUAAAACCAUUAUACCUUAACUUCAGAACCUGUAGUAUGUUCACUUUUUGGGGCGUAGGUGGGUGAUAACUACUAAUUUUUUUUUUAAGUGAGGAGGUUAUUCAGAUCAGAAAUCAAUGAUCUUUACAAGAUUUGGCGAAAUUUUCUGAUUUAAUGGUUUGUUUACUUUCUUUUUAAUCCAAUUUCAUCUUAAUUCCUUGCCAUACUUACCAAUCCCUGCUGAAACUCAGUAUCUUGUACUUAUAAAACUACAGUUAAUAGCUCUUAAAGUGCCUCCCUCUAGUACACAAGUGAAAAAGAAACUGACAAAUGUGAAAACACUACAUCCUAUGGAUACAUUUGUAAACUCAGACAGGUGACACUGUGUUAAGAUAUUUGAUCUCCAUCCUGGAAAUGAUUGUUUUCCAAUGUGGAUUAGCCUUAAAUGCCAAGUGUGUUAACAUUGAUUAGAUUUUAUGUUAUCUAUGGCUGUAAAUUUUUGUUGUAAAAUGUUUACCUUGUAUGCCCAAAGUCCAAGCAAAGUUAUACCACUCAAUAGUGUUCUAACCCUAAGGACUUUUGCUACAUGGAGCUUCAAGAAUAGAAACGAUUCGUUGGAAUAAAAUGAACCUAAAUGUUCAUUAUACUCACCUUUGGCCUAAUUGUUUACUGUGACCACAGAUACGUGUUUUCAGUGUACUUCUGCCAGGGCUCACUUGUAAACAUCUUUCUUUUUGCUUCUGGGCCCACAGAGUUUUGGGGCCAAACCUUGAUGUGGUAAUGUGCAUUAUAAAUCCAUGAUAGCUUUAUGGUGGCUCGUUAUUAAUGUCUGGAAGCUCCAAAGUUAAAUGAGAUGAUAAAAACCAUUUUAAGAAAUCAUGUCUAAUCGAUUAAUAAUGUACUUUAAGAUUGUUUGUUGUUUUUAUUAUAGUGAGAAAAGACAAGUAGAAUUGAGCGUGGCUCAGCGAAGGAUGACUAAUACCUCCUCAGUUUUUAUUACAAAGGUAAUUAGAAAAACUUACAGUGUGUACAAAUGAAUAGUUUCUGCAUCGAACUAUUA